CACAUCUUCUCCAGGCCGGAGACCUCUCUACACACACUCGCCCCCCUCCUCCACCUUCUUCUUCUUCUUCUACCUCCCACCCUCCUACCCUCCGCAUCCUUGUCUUCUGUUGGCUCUUCGCGGGCGCCAAAGCUCACUCUUGACCUCUACGUCCCACCGACGCCGGCCACCCACUGCCGGAACGACCGGUCGUCCGUUGGCUAGCGAGCAUGCAGAGCAUGGAUUUGGUGUCGCCGUCCGAGCACCUCUGCUACGUGCGCUGCACGUACUGCAACACCGUGCUCGCGGUUGGGGUUCCAUGCAAGAGGCUGAUGGACACGGUGACUGUGAAAUGUGGCCACUGCAACAACCUCUCCUUUCUCAGCCCACGGCCGCCGCCCAUGGUGCAGCCCCUCUCCCCAAAUGACCACCACCACCCCAUGGGGCCGUUCCAGGGGUGCACUGACUGCAGGAGGAACCAGCCGCUGCCACCGCUGGCCUCGCCGACAUCAAGUGAUGCCAGCCCCAGAGCUCCCUUUGUUGUCAAGCCCCCAGAGAAGAAACACCGCCUGCCAUCUGCCUACAAUCGCUUCAUGAGGGAGGAAAUACAACGUAUCAAAGCUGCAAAGCCAGACAUCCCUCACAGAGAAGCCUUCAGCAUGGCUGCUAAGAACUGGGCGAAGUGCGACCCUCGCUGCUCAUCGACUGUCUCUGCUUCCAACAGCGCCCCGGAGCCCAGAAUAAUAGUGCCCGGUCCUCAGCUGCAGGAGAGGGCUACCGAGCAAGUGGUUGAGAGCUUCGACAUCUUCAAGCAGAUGGAGCGCAGCGCCUAAGGAAUCAUAAGCAUGGUGGGAUUAAUUAGUACUGCUACCGCAUGCAUCGGUCACUUAUCAGCUAGCUCAUCAUCAUCAUCCGUCGCUAUGCAUAUAUAUAAUGCAUAAGCGCACGCGUUUUAUUUGUGUUUGGUUACUUCGUUGCUGCUGCUGCUGUGUCGUUAAGUUGAUGGUGUUGUCUGUUAUAUUUGUUGUUGGAGCGUACGUACUCACACUUUAAUUAUGAACAGCUGCUACCUUAUAAUAUUUUUCAUCGAAAUUGUUCUUGGCUGUA